AUGGCAGCAGAAUUACCAUUUUAUAUUGCUUCAUCAGUUGAAGAGUUGGUGAAAAAACAUGUGGAAGGUGUUGAAGUCGAUAAAAACUAUUCAAUUUUUCAUUAUUUAUCAACUUGUAAUAAUUUAGUAAAACAAGCAGAUAUUUAUAAGUCUGAAGGUGAUAUUGAAAGAACUUAUAUUUAUUCAUUAAGAUUUUGCAUUUUAAUUUUUGAAAAGUUACAAAAACAUCCAGAUUUCAAUAAAGAAUCAUUUACAAAAUCAAGAAAUGAAAUAAAAAGAAAAGCAGAAUUGAAAUUAAAAGAAUUAGAAGGUUUAAAAGAAACUCUUAAAAAAGGUUAUGAAAGAAUACAACAUAAAAAAGAAGAAGAAAGAAAAAGAAUUGAAAGAGAAAAAGAAAAAGAAAGAAUUUUUAAACAAGAAAAAUUAAAAUUAGAAAGAGAACAACAAUUAUUGAGAGAAGAGGAAGAGCAAAGAAAAAGAGAGGAUUUAGAAUUAGAGAGUGAGAUACAAAGACUUAAAGAGGUGGAAGAUUUUGAGAAUAGGAAACUACAAGCUCAAAAGAAUAUUAAAAGAGCAACUUCAGCUAGAACAUUUGAACUUUUAAGACAGGAAGCAUUAUUAGAGGAAAGAAAAAGGUUACAGGGGAUUGAAACUGAGAAAAAGAGGAUUUUAGCAGAGAAACAAGAAGCAUUGGAAAAGGAAUUCCAACAACAACUCUUUGAACAACAAGAAAAAGAAAGAUUAGAAAAAGAAAGAUUAGAAAAAGAAGAACAAUUAAGAUUAGCUUCUUUACCACCACCACCACCAGAUUAUUCUUCAUUUGAUUCUGAUCAAUUAUUAAAUUUAAUUGAAAAUAAUAAUAAAAAAUUAGAAAAUAAUAAUCAAACCGAUGAUAAAUUAGAUAAUGAAUUUUUAUUAGAUCCUUCAUUUUUACCACCACCACCACCUAUAAUUACACAACCAUCACCAUCUCAAGAAAAGAAAGAUAAUAAUAAUAAUAAUAAUAAUAAAAAUACUACAGCACAAUUACCAUUAUCAAUUACACAACCACCCCAUAUGCCAAAUAAUGAAAAGAAAUUACCACCAAUUUAUAAUUCAACUUCACCAAUUCAAUUUGGUUAUCCUUCUUUAAAUAAUAGUGUAAAUAAUCCACCAUCAUUUUCAUUACAAAAUAAUACACCACUUAUACAACAAUACAAACAACAACAACAACAACAACCUAUUCAAUCACCAACGAAUAAUAUUAAUAGACCUAAUAUACCUCAAUAUAAUAAUUAUAAUGCAAAACCAUUAUCGAGCAACCUAAACCCAUUACCACCACAAUAUCAACCACAACAACAGCAACAAUAUCAACAACAACAACAACAACAACAAUAUCAACAACAACAACAAUAUCAACAACAACAACAACAACAACAACAACAACAACAACAACAACAACAUCAAUUACCAAAAUUACCACAAUAUCAACCAAUUGAAAAUAAAUCAAUAUCAGCAAAUGGAUUAGCACAAUCACCAGCUGUGAAUACACCAUCAAUAACACCAACAACUAAUAAACCAAAUAUCGAUUCAUCUGAAGCAUCAAAGAAAUAUAGUAAACUUAGAAAAAUUAUUGUACAUGGUGAAGUUUUCCAAGAGUUUAUGAGAUUAGCAGAGAAUAAUACCAAAAGAUCAAUUGAAACUUGUGGUAUUUUAUCGGGUACUCUAUCAAAUGAUGUUUUUAGAAUCACUACAAUCAUUAUACCAAAACAAGAGGGUACUACUGAUACUUGUAAUACCAUUGAAGAACAUGAAAUCUUUGAAUAUCAACUAGAGAAUGAUUUACUAACUUUGGGUUGGAUUCAUACUCAUCCAACUCAAGAUUGUUUCUUAUCAGCCGUUGAUGUCCAUACUCAUUGUUCCUAUCAAUAUCUUCUUCAAGAGGCUAUAGCCGUUGUCAUUAGUCCAAUGGCAAAUCCAAACUUUGGUAUCUUUAGAUUAACCGAUCCACCCGGUUUGGAAACUGUACAAAAAUGUAAACUAAAAUCAUUCCAUCCCCAUCCACCCGUUAAUGGUAUACCAAUCUAUACAAAAGUUGAUCAUGUCGAUUUAAUUUGGGGUAAAAAAUCUGAUAGUAAAGUUGUAGAUUUACGUUUUUUAAAGAAAUAA